GUGGAGGUGUAGGGGGCGCGCAGCGGGACCGGCGGCAGGACGGGAGGGAGGAUGCGGCCGGAUAGCGGGAUCAGCCCGGGCCUCGUGGCCCAGCAGCGGGUCCGGCAGCUGGAGCAGAAGCUGCGCCCUUGUGAUUGCAGAGACUAUCUGGAAAAGGAGAGCAGAGCUUUCACUGAUGCAGUGAUGCCUGCAUGAAUCUGCAGACAGCCUGAAACAAUAGCUCAGAGAUUUUCAUUGCACCCAGCAGAGUUGCAAACAGAUGUCAUAGUGUCGUAAACACCCACACUUUCCCAAGCUGCUAACCCAGCUAGGUUGGAAGGGAGUACCACUAUGGGAAAGUAGGUCUCAAUAUUGAAAAAAGGCUAAAGAAGAAAGAAUAGUUGUGCUGGAAACAGAAAAUGCUCUUCUUCAUCUGAAACUUGCAGAGUUUCGAGGGUUGAUUGGAAGAGACACUAAUGAAGUGGCACAGCUCAACUUUGUUCAUGACAAGCAACAGAACUUGUGUAGAAGCACGAGCUCUGUUAUAAUCCAGGUUUAUGGAGCAAUACAGGUUAGAUAGAAUGGCAGAGCUGAUUGGGAUGCAACACAUUUGGACUGUGAUGGCUUUCUAUCAACAAGGAGAUAAAUGUGUUACAAGAGGCAAAAGCUCUCCGGAAUACAAGUCUAAAUUACCUGUAUUCCUAGAACACUGGUUUUCUUACCCUGGUGUGGUCUGUAGCUUUUCGGAGAGACUUAAGCGAGACCUGAAGAAUCUCCAUUCAUUUGCUCUUGAGCUUUCAAGAGACUUUCAACAUCAGUGCAAGAAUUCUCUUUACCAAGUUUUGACUGUUGUCCAAAGCAUCCAGCUGCAGAAUGAAGCUAUGCAAACAUUCCAGACAAAAGCAUUUGAUCUCGAGCAGUCUUUACAGGAAGUUAAUGAGAGAUACCAGCAAGAAAAACAAAAGAGAAAAAUACUUCACAACAGUUUAGUUGAACUGAGGGGAAAUAUCAGAGUGCACUGCAGGAUCCGUCCCUUAUUGCCUUUUGAUACUGCUUCUGGACAUUCAGUCUCACAAGAUAGGCACAGAAAGCUUUCAGAAAAAGUGGCACAUACUACUGAUGAUGAAACUGUCCUUGUAAAAUGCAAUCGUCCUGGUCAUACUUUGAUCAACAAGACAUUUCAGUUUGACAGAGUUUACAGUGCUGCUGAGUCUCAAGACACAGUGUUUGCAGAUGUGGCCCCUUUGCUUACAUCUCUGCUGGAUGGAUACAAUGUGUGUAUUAUGGCUUAUGGACAAACAGGGAGUGGGAAGACGUACACAAUGUUGGGACCGCAAUCUAAGGAUGAUGUCACUCUUUCAAUAGAAGAUGAACCAGAGCUAGGAAUUAUUCCUAGAGCCACAGAAGAAGUCUUCAGGCUUAUUUCAGAAAAGCCACCAGGAAGUCACUGGGUUGAGGUUUCUGUUGUAGAAGUAUAUAAUAAUGAAAUUUUUGAUCUUCUGGCCAAAGACAGCUGUGGAAGAGUAUUCGGCGUUAAACGUGACGUUGUCACAACCAAGGAAGGCAAGAGCGAUGUGCCAUUGCUUACCUAUGAGACUGUUGAAAAUGCUGUAGAAUUCUUACAGCUAGUUGAUAAAGUUCUGCAGCUAAGGGUCAAACAUCCAACACUGGUGCAUGCUCAUUCCUCUCGCUCUCAUCUGGUAGUGACAUUGAACAUAACCACGAAGUCUGUCUCUGCAGAUAGCUUUGCUCCUCUAUGGACAGAUGAACAGUCUAGUCCAAGGCUAAGUAAAGAGCUUUUCUGUACCUUUCCUCAACAAAUGAAAGAUGAUAAACUCGUCUUUCCUUCCAGAGCCUCUUCUCCAGCACAGUUUGAAUCUACUGAGAAACUGAAGCACAUCAAAACUAAACUACAGCUGGUGGAUUUGGCGGGCAGUGAAUGUGUUGGUAUGUCUGGAGUGACAGGAGUAGCCCUGCGAGAGACCUCGUUCAUUAACCGUAGCUUAUCAGCUCUGUCAGAUGUACUUGGAGCAAUAGCAGAGCAGCGCUCUCACAUUCCGUAUAGAAACAGCAAACUUACCCACCUACUCCAGGAUUCCAUAGGGGGCAACGCUAAAUUGCUGGUGAUGCUGUGCAUCUCCCCCUGCCAGAAGUACUUAGCGGAAUCGCUGCAAUCCUUGGGAUUCGGAACUCGUGCUCGGCAAGUUCAGAGAGGACAAGUCAAAAAAAGAAAUCUGCCGGUGUCUAGCAAAUCAAAAUAAAAGCUAAGGCUCUUGUGGAUUAAAGUAUUAUUAAUGAGUUCCUCAGACUGAAAGGUAUCUUGUUGUCAUAAAGCCAUGCUUUAAGAUGUAAACUGCCAGUUAAAAUAAACA